CCUCGGCACCUUAGUAUUUCUAUAGGUACCCAAGUGGUAACGGCAGUGUAAGAUUGCACAUAAAACAUGCACAUGGAAUGUCCUGCAGUACCUGAAGGUACUUUUAACUGUCUACCUGAUAGGGCGCCGCUGAUGCCUUGUUACAGCAGGCAGAUCUCAGUACCAGGUACUUAGGUCAGUAGUAUUAUUAGCACGGCUUGCAUCAUCGUCCAUCUUCCGGCGGGCCAGGCUACCUACCUACCUUAAUCCUACCUAGGGACCGAUAACGUGCAACUCUCUAUCUCCUUCUACCCCUUCAACGUCCUUCGUCAGGCUUCCAUUAUUACCUCGUCCCAUCGAAUCGCCUUCUUCUUCGCGGCGCCUACCGACUACGAGUCGAUACUCACCUCUCCACCGACUGUCGACUCUGUCCGUUGUCGGGCCGUUACUUGUCGUCACACCGGAUCCGCCCGUCCCCGUCCAGGCUCCGAGCUAUCGCCCAACGAUCAUAUACCCCGCCAUCACCAUCGGCUUCACCAUCGCGGCCCUCGAACAACCGCCUUGAUAGCGAGAUCCGUUCUGCUUGCCGUCUCUAGCUGACCGUUUUAAUCACCGCCCUCUCCCGUCUCCCCUAUAAUACAAGUGCUCGGCCCCGUCCUUACCCAACGUCAUCAUGUCGGGAGUUUGGGGAUGGUUUGGCGGCGGUGGUGCCGCCAAGAAGAAGGAUACUCCCAAGAAUGCCAUCCUGGGCUUGCGCACUCAGCUGGAAAUGCUACAGAAGCGCGAGAACCAUCUCAAGAACCAGAUGGCUGAGCAGGAUGCUAUUGCUCGAAAGAACGUAAACACGAAUAAAAAUGCUGCCAAGGCUGCUCUACGGAGGAAGAAAACACAUGAACACAGCUUAGAACAGACCAGUGCCCAAAUAGGAACCUUGGAGGCUCAGAUCAAUGCCAUCGAAUCAGCCAACAUCAACAAAGAGACUCUCGCCGCUAUGCAGAGAGCAGGCGAUGCUAUGAAACAGAUCCAUGGCAAGCUGACGGUAGAGAAGGUCGAGGAAACAAUGGAUCAAUUGAAGGAGCAGAACGAACUCAGCGAAGAGAUUGUGUCGGCUAUUACGAGCAGCCACAUUGGCGAGCCCUUGGAUGAGGACGAACUAGAGGACGAGCUCGAGGCCCUACAGCAAGAAGCACUAGACAAGAAAAUGCUUGAGUCUGGCACAGUACCCGUGUCGGAUGUCCAUAAACUCCCUAGCGUGGCGAAUUCAGAUAUCAAGAGCCAACCACAACUCGAGGAUUCCGAGGACGACGAGGAAAAGGAGCUCCGGAAGCUGCAGGAGGAAAUGGCGAUGUGAGAAGUAUAAAUUGGCAAUAUACCGAUAUUUUGGUGUCUUGGUCGAGCAUAGAAUCGCAUGCGGAGGGGGAAUACCAGCUGUUACAAGGGAAGGUUUGGGUCAGAUGACAGACAAGGUGACAUGGCACAGGCAAGCCGUGGUCUGUUAUUGACAGGAUACACCCACACCAUUUCCCUCGUUAGACUACUUGGUCUUUUACUUGUUAUUAAUUCGGGCGUCGGCGUUGUGUGGCCAACGGUGAUACACUCUUGUUUUUCCUGGGCUACUACUCUUCCUUCGAGCCAGCACUACGUUACUUACCUAGCUAGAGAGCCACGUCAUCACUAGUUAUCGAGAUGGAUAUACGGUUAUAUGUUGAAGUUAAUAUCGCCUGUCUGUGUAAUAUGUGUCGCGCGGGCUUCGUUCCCGGGAACUUUUGCAUGGUGACACGACUAAAGGUCCCUAGACUGCGCACUGUCUUGCUAUGAUGAUAGCUAAGCAAGAAAGGUUGAUUUCAGAAAUACCCAUUCCCAUG